AUGACCUUACCGCCAAAAAUUUCAGAACAGCCACAGACGUCUUUAAGCGCAAGAUCAAGCGCCUCUAUGGCAUCCCUUUUAGCCAUCGGUGCUUCAUCCCAAACAAUUAGCACACUCUCCCGAAUUAAGGACCCUAAACUACUCUGUUUACUAAUACUGCAAGACUUGACAUUCGACAAAUCAAUAGGGAUUUUAAACCUUGAAUGCGCCGUCCUACCGCCGGGUAAUAUGGACGCAGCAAUACCAGAUGUUGCGGUGGCCAGGCCUACACAACCUUUUGAUCGGACAACUGCAAGCAAGGCCCGGUAA